AAAAAAAAAAAAAUCCUUUUAUUAUUACAUUACUAACGUUCUUUACUUUAUAAACUUACAUAUUCAUAAUCAUGGAUUUAAGCCAAUCAGCCCAAAUUCUUCCUGCACUUGUUGCAGACCUUCUAUCUUAUGAAGAAGAAAAGUAUAAUCAUGUUUUGAAAACAUAUUUUACCGAAGACGCAGUUUUGACCCACCCAAUUUUGAAUGUUCAGGGAAGAGAGAACAUUCGUAAAGUUUUUCGUGUUUGGACGUCACUUAAUAAGCAACCGCCUGAAAUGACAAACAAAGAUCAUUUGGUUUUCAAUGGUAUUACCGCUGUUAUAAAUGUAAACCAACUUUUGUGUCCUCGAAUUUUUCCAUUUCUUCAUUUUGCUGUACCUUCUGUAACAGUCUUAAGAUUCCGUGAAGGAGACGAUGGAUUAUUUUAUAUAUAUAAACAGGAAGAUAAUUGGACUCUCGAAGGACUUAUUAGAAGUGUUCCAUUGAUUAAUUGGUGGUAUGAAAAUGUAGUUCGUGCUAUGUUCGGAAAUAUGGUUACAAAUAUGGGAUCAUUUCUUGCUACUGCAAAUAUAGCCACUUCUCAAUUAACUAUCGCUGCUAAUCAUAUUAAUCAACAUGGUGGUGAUGCUGUAGUUAAAGGCCAACAUCGCGCAUAUAAAUAUGGAAGCGAUAUGGCCAGUAAUGUUACUUCAGUAUUUAGUAGAACAAUUGGAAUUAAUUUUGGAACUAAAGGUUCUGACCAUCAACAUUAUAUAACCAAUGGUGAAGCUUCACUUGAAACUUCUUAGAAAUAUGUUUUAUUAUGCAACUAUAAAUUAAUUAUAAGUAUUUAUGUUUUUUACGUUUUAUCAAAUUUUGAUAUAAUAACAAACAUUGCUUUUUUUUUGAACGACAUAUUUUACUACAAUAGUAAAUAAAAAAAAUCAUUUAAUAUAAGCCUUUACU